AUGUUCUACUUCAUCUGGGCCGUCGCUGAAUCCGCCCUCAUCCUCUCCGCUUUUGGCUUCUCGGGCUUUAAGGCAGCAGCUCCCAGCCACAGGGAGGGUGAUGGGGAGGCGAGGGAAGGAGAAGGCGGGCAGAAGCAGCAGCGGCUGGAAGCAGACUGGAGCAGGGCGAGCAACGUGAACAUAUGGGUGGUGGAGGUCACGGGCAGUGCGGCACAGCUGCCAUCAAACUGGAACAUCGGGGGCCUACAUCCAGGCUACUACCUCUUCUUCCUCUCAGCCGCCAUCGCUCAAGACGCCUCCAAAUUGCUGCACCGCCUGCACCAGUCCAUCCCCCCUCACAGGCGGUGGCAGCGCGGCAUGGCAUGGGUGGCACAGAUGCUCUACACACGUGUGCUCGUGGGGUAUGCGCCGCUGGGCUUCAUUCUCCUGCGGGCGGACUUCACAUUCAGAGUGUGGCGCUCUCUCUACUUCUUUGGCUCCAUCCUGCCUCUCCUGCUCUCCGCCUUGCUUCCUCCUCUCAUUCCUCCAUCCAACCGGCAAAAGAAAGAUCAAUGA